UGUAACGGUAUAUGCAAGUAAAACACUACAAAAAUUUUAUGUUGAAGUUUUUCUGCAUGCAAUAAUUGGCAACAUUGUUUGGUAAUUUGAAAUCUAUGAUGGCCACAUCUUUACAGUUCCUCCAGAGGUCGGAUUGAAAUAAUACAAUUUUUUUGUAAGAUCUUCCACAUCUUUUUUCAACAUAUAUCCAUAAAAGAUCCUUGUUUGAAUAUGUUGCGACGUGUGGGUGAAGAAGUAGAUAUUCUUACCUGCCCUUAUAACCUAUCGCAUCAGAUAUUGCGUUGCCGUUUUCAAGUUCAUCUAGUUCGUUGUCGAAAAUCGCAUCCAGACGCCAAAAAGGUUGUGUGUCCCUUCAAUGUGACACACCGGGUGAAUGAACAAGAGUUGGAUUGGCACGUAAGCACCUGUUCAAAUCGUCAGUCAUUUGAAGUUUUUAAAAGUAAUGACUCGCAUGCAUCUGGAUCAUCAAUGUCCACUACCUUUAAUGACAAUGGAACAGAAGCAAAUUCAACUUGGCAAACUGCAAAUACUUCUUUUGAACUGGAAACAUCCCAAAAUUGGGACGAUCUGCCAAGUGUACCAUCAUAUGAUCCUAAAGCAUAUGCUGAAAAAGCAAAUGUAUUACGACAACCUGUUGGAAUGAAACCAUCAGAAAGAGUUGCAUUUCGUAAUGCUGAACGCAAACGAUUGCAAAACUUAAAAUCAUACCGUUAUGAACGUUAUUUGCUCACGUUGUUUGUUUUAGAAAGGGCAAUUAAAGAGCUUAGGGAACACGAAAAAAUGAAUACCCGUGAUGAACAUGUACAAUGCCCAUACGUUGCAUCCCAUUCGAUUUUGAAAAAACGUUUUCAGGUGCAUCUGGUGAGGUGCCGGAAGAAUUUUUUACAUGUUUCCAAGGUGACGUGCCCUUUCAAUGUGACUCAUAUCCUUAAUGAGCCGGAGCUUGAUUGGCACGUCCAAAAUUGUCCUGACCGCGCUGGUUAUGAGCAUUAUAGGCGCGGAGAAGAACAAGCUGCAGCGGAUGGGGCGACUACAUCAGCACAAACACGGGAAUACCCAUUGGAAACCGAAGAAAAUUGGGAUGACUUGCCGCCCGUGCCAACCUAUAAUCCACAGGAGUAUGCUGAAAAUGCUCAGGUUCUUCGAAAUUUACGAGGACAUUCCAAGUCCGUUAAAAAACAAUUUCGUUCAAAUGAAAGACUCCGUUUAAUGGGCAUUAAUCGGGACAAAGAAUUAAACCAAUAAAAAAACCUGAUGGAUAUGUUCCCUUCAUCAGGCUUAAAUUGGACAAUUACUCUACAGUAGAAGGGUAAAAACGACUUUAAAUACUAAAGCUUAGUAAUUGUAAUCUCAAUAUAGUAUUUUAUAUUGGUUUGACAACCCCAUAGUCAUGGACAGAAUUUAAAAUUUUACAUGUAUGUAAACUUAAUGUUUUUUAGUAAUGUUUGUAAAAUUAUACAUUUUUUAUAUUCGAUUUAAUGUUAUCCAAAGCUACUAUUUGCUUGUAAAUUGUUUAAAAAUAAUAUGUGAUGUGAUGUAAAGUGCUUUUAAAUUAAUAAAGUAAUAAUAAUGCUAUAUAUACACAAUAAAUUAAACAAUUGUAAACAAUCGUA